AGGGUUUUUGGGCGAUGUCGCGGACUCUGGUGCAGCCGGUGGGGCAGAAGCGCCUCACGAAUGUGGCGGUGGUGCGAUUGAAGAAGCACGGCAGGAGAUUUGAGAUCGCGUGCUACAAGAACAAGGUCCUGUCGUGGCGAUCCAGAGUCGAGAAGGAUAUUGACGAGGUUCUCCAGACGCACACGGUCUACUGCAAUGUUUCCAAGGGGAUUCUGGCCAAAUCCAAGGAGCUGGUCGAGGCAUUUGGGACGGCGGACGAGGAGAAGAUUUGCCUCGAGAUUCUGGAGAAAGGAGAGCUCCAAGUCGCUGGGAAAGAGAGAGAGGUCCAGCUCUCCAGCCAGUUUCGAGAUAUCGCGGGGAUUGUCAUGGACAAGACGCUAAACCCAGAGACCGAGCGGCCAUUCACGAUAAGUAUGAUCGAGCGUUUCAUGCGUGAAGUUCACUUUGCUGUUGAUCCAAACAGAUCCUCCAAGAAGCAGGCUUUGGAGCUUAUCAGGGAGCUACAAUCGCAUUUCCCGAUCACAAGAGCGUUGAUGCGCCUCAAGCUCUCCGUGUCAACCAAGCAUCGGGAGAAACUUCUGGAGGGACUGGCUGAUUUUCAAGCGAAGAUGGAGAGCCGGGAUGAGGCGGACGAAGCUUUCAUUGUGGUUUGUCGAGUCGAGCCUGGCCAUUUUCGUGCGUGCGACGCGCUCAUCCGAGAGUGCUGCGGGAAGCUGGACGUGGUUUCCAUGGCUGUGCACAAAGACGACGAUGAAGAAGACGAAGCCGACGAACCAGCAACAAAUCAAGCCGAGAGGAUCCAAGCUCUUACGUCGAGUCUCAAGGAUUCGCAGCUGUCAGAAGGGACUGGAUCAAACAACUCGCGUCCUCCUCCUGCUGCUACCUCCGAUCCGGGCAAGAGAUGCUUGACUUGCGAUGCCGUGAUUGGCGAUCCCAAGGAGUUCCGCGAGCACUACAAGAGCGAUUGGCACAAGCACAACCUCAAGAGGAAGCUCAAGCAGCUAUCGCCACUGAGCGCCGAGGAGUGUAGCUUGGAUUCGUCAGUGGUGGACUAUGUCAACGAUAAGGACGAUUACUCGCGCUAGAAGAAAAUGUAGUUGCUCAAGUGGUGUUAAUAAAAGAGAAAAUUUCCAAAGCA